AUGAGCAACAAGAGACCUCCUCCACUCCCUUCCCAACUAUCAAGAGACUCUCCUAGUGGUAGUAGUGGAGAGGAAGAUGAUGAAGAGAUACCCCGGUCUUCAGUUGGUUUGCCAUGGGCGAAAGCAACAACUGAGACCACUUCGGUUGUCCCAAAAGCAAACGUUCCUCGCAGAAUUGAUCAGUCGCAAUCGCAACCAUCAACGACCACCCCACAGCCACCAGCAACAGUCAAGACUUGCCGUGAGAUCCUCGCCAGUUGCAAGCAAGACCAGAAGAAGGCUCUCAUGAUAUGCAUGUGCCUUGGGCUCUUAACUGAAGAUGGAACUCGUUGGCUUGCUGAUCUGACAGAAGAGCCUUAUUGCAAGUUGUCGGCUUCGAAACUGUCCAAGUUGGCUCGGACCAAGCCAAUGAUGUCUGAAGAAGUUAUCAGAAGAGCCCAUGAACGCAAGGUUGUCAAGUGUUUCCCUCGUCCCAAGAAUUGGAGGAACGAAACUCUGUACGGCCAUCUCAAAGCAAAUCACAUCACCAGCGAAACUGACAUUGCAUUCCUUUGUGCACAAGAGAAUGCAUUUUUCCAUGCUUGUGAAAACAUGGUAGAGGAAUCAGCGCAACAAGAAGCGGCAGAGGCGAAGCAGAGUUCGUAUCGAUGGACCGAUGCCGAUCCAAGACCAUUCUAUCGAAUGUACUUGGCUGCCGAAGAUGAUCAAGUCAAGGCCGCACUGGUUGAAGAUGGCAAGUGUUUGUCAAAGGCAAAGCUGGAUGGUAGAAACAGUGAGGAUCUGCCGAUUACUUUCUUCGCGGCUCUGGCUGAGAAAUGGAACAGUGACUGGGUAGCUUCGACACCAAUCCUACCAACCCUCCACGGUGACUUUGAAAAGGAAAUUUCGAUUGGCCCAGAGGAUGUGCAACAGCCAGUGACAACAGAGUACAUCACCAAGAAAUGGAAGAAUGACAAGAUGCUACUAGCCAGAUUGGUCAGUCGCUACGAAGGAUCUGGUCACGGCUUCGGAAUGAUCGAUGGUCGCACAACCUUUGGCCAUAUGACCGAAGAGGCACUUCAAGCUGAUGAUAGAAAGGAUUAUCUAUGGGAACAGUUCUCUGAGAAGCCACGGCAUCUGCUUCUGUAG